AUGCAGAAGAGCGUGCGCUACAACGAGGGGCACGCCCUGUACCUGGCCUGCCUGGCCCGCAAGGAGGGCACUAAACGCGGCCUCCUGAGCAAGAAGACAGCCGAGGCGAGCCGCUGGCACGAGAAGUGGUUCGCCCUCUACCAGAAUGUGCUCUUCUACUUCGAGGGCGAGCAGAGCGGCCGCCCGGCGGGCAUGUACCUCCUGGAGGGCUGCAGCUGCGAGCGGGCGCCCGCUCCACCCAGGGCCGGUGCCGGGCCAGGCGGCUCCCGGGAUGCCCUGGACAAGCAGUAUUACUUUACUGUUCUUUUUGGCCACGAAGGACAAAAACCACUGGAGCUGCGCUGUGAGGAAGAGCAGGAUGGUAAAGAGUGGAUGGAGGCCAUUCACCAAGCCAGUUAUGCAGAUAUUUUGAUUGAGAGGGAAGUGUUAAUGCAGAAGUACAUUCAUCUAGUUCAGAUCGUAGAGACAGAAAAAGUUGCAGCUAACCAACUCCGGCAUCAACUUGAAGAUCAAGAUACAGAAAUCGAAAGGCUUAAAUCAGAGAUUAUCGCCCUUAAUAAAACCAAGGAACGAAUGAGGCCUUAUCAAAGUAAUCAAGAAGAUGAAGAUCCAGACAUCAAGAAGAUUAAAAAGGUUCAGAGCUUCAUGCGAGGCUGGUUGUGUAGAAGGAAAUGGAAGACCAUUGUGCAGGAUUACAUUUGUUCUCCUCAUGCAGAAAGUAUGAGGAAGAGAAACCAGAUUGUGUUCACCAUGGUUGAGGCCGAAUCAGAAUAUGUUCACCAGCUCUGCAUACUGGUCAAUGGCUUCCUCCGGCCCCUGCGGAUGGCCGCCAGCUCCAAAAAGCCACCCAUCAGCCACGAUGAUGUCAGCAGUAUUUUUCUCAACAGUGAAACAAUUAUGUUUCUUCAUGAAAUAUUUCAUCAAGGACUGAAGGCAAGAAUAGCUAACUGGCCUACUCUAAUUUUAGCUGAUCUGUUUGAUAUUUUGCUCCCCAUGCUGAACAUUUAUCAAGAAUUUGUGCGUAAUCACCAGUACAGCCUCCAGGUGCUCGCCAAUUGUAAGCAAAACAGAGAUUUUGACAAACUCUUAAAACAGUACGAAGCCAACCCUGCCUGUGAAGGGAGGAUGCUGGAAACAUUCCUCACCUACCCAAUGUUUCAGAUCCCCAGGUAUAUCAUCACACUUCAUGAACUCCUAGCUCAUACGCCCCAUGAACAUGUGGAGAGGAAAAGUCUGGAGUUUGCAAAAUCAAAGCUAGAAGAACUGUCUAGGGUAAUGCAUGAUGAAGUGAGUGACACUGAGAACAUAAGGAAGAACCUUGCAAUAGAAAGAAUGAUCGUAGAGGGCUGUGAUAUUUUGCUGGACACCAGUCAAACUUUCAUCCGCCAAGGUUCUCUUAUUCAAGUACCUUCCGUUGAGAGGGGGAAACUUAGUAAAGUUCGCCUGGGUUCAUUGUCUUUGAAAAAGGAAGGAGAAAGACAAUGCUUCUUAUUUACAAAACACUUUUUAAUUUGUACAAGAAGUUCAGGAGGAAAGCUGCAUCUGCUCAAGACAGGUGGGGUUCUCUCCCUAAUAGAGUGUACGUUGAUUGAGGAGCCCGAUGCAAGCGAAGAUGACUGUGUUGAAGCCAAAGGUUCUGGCCACAUGUUUGGACACCUGGAUUUUAAAAUAGUGGUCGAGCCUCCCAACGCUGCCCCUUUCACUGUGGUCUUGUUAGCGCCUUCGCGCCAAGAGAAGGCUGCUUGGACCAGCGACAUAAGUCAGUGUGUGGACAAUAUACGGUGUAAUGGUUUAAUGACUAUAGUGUAUGAAGAGAAUUCCAAAGUAACUGUGCCACAUAUGAUUAAGUCUGAUGCCCGUCUUCAUAAAGAUGACACCGACAUUUGCUUCAGUAAAACACUCAACUCCUGCAAAGUGCCCCAGAUCCGUUAUGCCAGUGUUGAGCGCCUCUUGGAGCGGCUGACAGACUUGCGGUUUCUUAGUAUUGAUUUCCUUAACACCUUUCUGCACACCUAUCGCAUUUUCACUACAGCAGCUGUGGUGCUGGCGAAGCUUUCUGACAUAUACAAGAGGCCUUUUACCUCCAUCCCUGUCAGGUCACUGGAAUUGUUCUUUGCUACCAGCCAAAAUAACAGAGGUGAACAUUUGGUGGAUGGCAAAUCCCCACGCCUGUGUAGAAAAUUCUCUUCCCCACCACCACUGGCUGUGUCCAGAACAUCCUCCCCAGUGAGAGCUAGAAAGCUGUCCUUGACUUCUCCCUUGAACUCAAGGAUAGGAGCGUUGGACCUGACCACUUCCUCAGCAUCCAGCAGUCCUACUGCCACUCACAGCCCUGCUGCAUCCCCACCACCACACACUGGUAAAGUACCACUGGAUCUUAGCAGAGGCCCUUCUUCUCCAGAGCAAAGCCCGGGAUCUGUAGAAGAGCAUGCAGAUAAUCCCCGUGUGGAUCUGUGUAACAAGCUAAAACGAAGUAUUCAAAAAGCAGUCCUGGAGUCUGCACCUAUGGACCGAGCAGGAGUGGAAAGCUCCCCAACGUCGGACGCCACAGAACUUUCACCUUGCAGGUCACCCUCAACUCCUCAGCACCUCCGCUGUCGCCAGCCUGUAGGACAGAUGGCUGACAACUCCCACUGCUCUGUUUCACCUGCUUCUGCUUUUGCAAUUGCCACGGCUGCUGCAGGACACGGGAGUCCACCAGGAUUUAACAACACUGAGAGAACCUGUGACAAAGAGUUUAUUAUACGCAGAACAGCCACCAACCGAGUGCUGAACGUCCUCCGCCACUGGGUCUCUAAGCACGCACAGGAUUUUGAACUCAAUAACGAACUAAAGAUGAACGUCCUAAAUUUGCUAGAAGAAGUUUUGCGAGACCCAGACCUUCUUCCUCAGGAAAGGAAAGCCACAGCGAAUAUCCUAAGGGCCCUUUCACAAGAUGAUCAAGAUGACAUCCACCUAAAAUUAGAGGAUAUAAUUCAACUGAUGGAUUGUCCAAAGGCCGAGUGCUUUGAGACCUUGUCAGCCAUGGAGCUGGCUGAGCAGAUCACCCUCCUGGACCACAUCGUCUUCAGAAGCAUUCCCUAUGAAGAAUUUCUUGGACAGGGGUGGAUGAAGCUGGAUAAAAAUGAAAGAACACCUUACAUUAUGAAAACCAGCCAACACUUCAAUGAGAUGAGUAACCUGGUGGCCUCCCAGAUAAUGAAUUAUGCUGAUGUCAGCUCCCGUGCCAAUGCAAUUGAGAAGUGGGUGGCAGUGGCGGACAUUUGCAGAUGCCUGCACGACUACAACGGCGUGCUGGAGAUCACCUCAGCCUUAAACAGAAGUGCCAUCUACAGGCUGAAGAAAACUUGGGCCAAGGUGUCCAAGCAGACAAAGGCUCUAAUGGACAAGCUUCAGAAGACAGUUUCAUCUGAAGGAAGAUUUAAAAAUCUCAGAGAAACUCUUAAAAAUUGUAACCCCCCUGCCGUCCCUUACCUGGGGAUGUACCUGACAGACCUGGCUUUUAUUGAAGAAGGAACACCAAACUUUACUGAGGAAGGCCUUGUCAAUUUCUCCAAAAUGAGAAUGAUAUCACACAUCAUCAGAGAGAUACGCCAGUUCCAGCAGACAUGCUAUCGAAUAGACCAUCAGCCAAAGGUCACUCAGUACUUGCUUGACAAAGCCCUCAUCAUAGAUGAAGAUACACUGUAUGAGCUGUCGCUAAAAAUUGAACCUCGGCUCCCUGCGUGAAGAUCCAGCCUUCCGCUGAGCCCAUGGAAUUUUCAUGGAAAGCAGGACAGACAGAACUGUGUAUGCCAUGCCUCUGGUGGUGCAGCAAAGACAGGGGAUGGAGAUGAAACAUCUCCUCUGUCCACCAAAGAAGACAGAACUGAACUGGAAUUCUGUCUCCAGCCAGGGAAAUGCAGCUGUUUGGGGUCAAAAACAGACACUUCAUACUUGGGUGGGAAAGUGAAAAGGUUGAUAUUUGGUAAAGCUGAUGGCACAUUUUGCAUAUGCAAAUGUCAGAGGGGAGAUGCUGGUAGCCAUGCUAGUGGAGCUGGAAGAAGGUAAAUUUCAAAUUCUGCCCCGUGUUCUGUUAGCACUUGGGGACAAGGAUCCGUGGAGAGGCCUGUGAUGUUUCUCUGGCACUUUACUGGCCUUGUACACCGACCAAUCCCAUCCUAGGGUUUAACUGCUUCUGUUACAUUUCCUCUGUCACAAGCUUUCAGAAAAGCCAAGGCUUUCUCUGUCGGGCUGGGCCAACACAUAAGCAAUCUCAGUCCACAGCAUGUGCAUGGUUUCCAGUGCAUAAUGGAUAUUUAUAUCUGAAGAAUGGCAUGUUCUGAAACUGCUUUUUCAGUCUUUAGAAAUCAGGACAGGAAAGACACGAUGAAAGUCAGAAGGAUUUGUACAUAACAUUUCCUUAAAUAAAAACUGAGUAGGCUGUGCCCCAGAGGAUUCCAGCCAGUGGCCCUUUUGAAGUGGAGGUAGAAGCUUCUUUCUGAGGCUGUUGUGCCCAAGAAGCCAAUGGCCUUGGAGAGGUGAGUGCAGAGUUCGCCAAAAGGAGCCUUUGCAGCCCACCAUCUAAGCUGUGGAGUGAGCAGAAGGCCUCAGAGGCCAUGGGAAGAGUGGGUUUCAACACUGAGUGAAAAGAUACAUUUAUUAAUUAUCUCUGCACCUGGCUGGGCUUGUUUUCUUUUUUCAUCAUCAUAGUAAUGGAGGAAUCUAUUCUGAUUUACACAAACCAUUUUUAGGUUCACUAUGAAUGUCAGUUGUAUUUUUUUUUUUAAAUCUGUUUAAUAGGAUUUUCUUUUUAAAACCCACACUUCCAUGUGCUGUUGGUAGACACUUUCUCCCCGGUCACCUUUGCUUUUACAUUUGGGGAUAUUUCUGAGUGAAAACAUUGUAAUAUAUGGGAAAUGGCCCCAACCACUCAGCAGCUUUUAUAUCAGAAAACCAAAUGCGGGUGUUAGUCCUGUACCUGAGGCUGGGGAAGUGAUCUUGCUUUUCCCAGGAUUGUGGUUGUGGAAGAAAUAGGGCUAUCUCAUGUUUACCUCCCUCUUCUCUUCUCAGAGAGACCCCUGCUUUAAGAGAAGGAAGAGAAAAAAUACAAAGUUAUUGUUACCUGAGCCUAUUGCACCUGACAUUUUCUCUUAGAGGCAUGAAGCAUAUUGAUGCCGACAAUGAAAAAACUGAUCUAUUUUUCCUCUUUCUCUGCACUUUAAAUUAUGCUUUUAGAACUAACAGCUAAUAAAUUCAACUUGCUGGCUUUCAUGACCCAGUGGAAGCACUGGCAUUGAUAAUGUACCAUAGAAGUGGAGAAUGUAUAUUUUUCCUGCAUGGUAAGGGCCAUCUCUGUACAUAACUAUGUAGUCGAAUAUCAAGUAAGUAAAAGAAAAUAUUUACAAUAUUUGAAGACCAUUCCAAAAUAUUUUUAACAGCUCAUAUUAGCCAACAGUGUAGCACUAAACCCAAGGAGGGUUACUUAUGGAUGCAUUAGAUUUCUUUUUCUAGAAAGUUGCUUGUUUGUUCUCUUUUGUUUCAAAUAAGAGGUUGAUGCAUCUUGACGCAUGAUAAGAAGCAUGGGUUGUUUGGAUCCUAACUGCAUAACUUGCAAUUUAUUCCUCAGUGUUCAGAAACUGAGGGUUUAUAUAGGUCAAUUGCACCUCAAGGUCUUGCAGAAGAAAUGUUAAAUAAGGAUGAAAUUUCUUGACUCAAAAACAUGGUCUUGGAAGGCAAACUAAAACCAGGAUCAAUCAGUGAAAGGACCACACUUAGCCGUUCCAGGUAAAACAAUGUGUGAAAAGGUUGAUGCAUUGGAAUCCCCAAGGUCUUCCAGAGAGGAGGGAUUGUCUCUGUGUGCAUUUUCCCUGGAAGUUUGGACCCUUAUUUCUCUGACCCAAAUAUUCCAGAGGCACCAGUGCCAUUCUUACUAAAGAAAAAUAGGAGGAAGAGGAAUGUCCAAAUGCUCUUCCCCAUUUGGAAUACAGGUUUUCCUCAUCUAGUUAACAAAACUUUUGCCACCUAUUUCCUGCAGAAGGUUGGAAGUGACCCUCCCCACCCUCCUCCUCCCACCCACGGUGGUCAGCUAUGGGCAUGGGUGGUCAGUUCUGGGCGCUGUCAGUUGCUAUGCUGAGCUAUAGCAUUUUAUUGAGUUACAAGCCCUUCCUUCUGUUUCCUAUAAUCUGAAGCCUUGCUGGAUUAUAGAGGGAACACCUCCCAGUGAGCAUCUUUUUUUGAUGACCUGCACCAUUUCUGGGCCAGCUGGGAUAAGAAUGUGCACUUUGAAAAUCUCAGUUUGAUUACAUUUAAAAUCCCCAAGAGUAAUCUGUGGUGUUUCUCCUGAUUAGGUGCCUGUCCUCUCUGCUUUUCAAGCUUUGUGUGUACUGUUGAAGCACGCACUCCAGGCUGCGACUGCCUAUAUUUCAUUGUAUGAGACCCAUUUCUAAGAGUAGAUGGUUACUCAUCCUCUAAUAACCAACUGGCAAACACUUAUAUUAUUGCAAAAUUAACCUAGAAAAUCAGAAGUAAAAUCCAAUUUCAUGCUUUCAGAUGAAUACCCACAUUUUAUACUGUCAGUGAAAUUAUAUUAGGGCUUUUAGGGGAUGUCUUUGGUUACUAAGAUACACAGUUUUGCUGCAGGGAAAAAUAUCUUAUGAUUACUGUUUGUUAAAUUUGUUGAAGAAGUAUUUAAAAGUAAAUGAAGCUCAUAGAUACUGAAACUUGGAAUAGACAAAUCCUUUAAUUCUAAUUUGGAGUGUGUGUGGAUGUAAUGGGACAACACCUCUUCUGUCACAGUGUAAUAUGAGACAGGAUACCUUGUAUCAGUAGGGGUAAGGCCACCUUUAAAUACUUAACAAGAGCAAUGCAAUGAAAGAAUUAUUCCCAAUAAAAUUAAUUUUUAUUUUAAAGGA